AGCUGAUCGAUACCUUUUAUCCGCUUGGGCAUCUUUAGUAAGACCUGAAUUAGUGACGAUUUUCAUUCGCCAGGACAUUUAUAAUACUGAAGGUUGUUAUUUUCUUUAUUAGUUGAUUGGAAACUGUUGAAAUGCCUUGGAAGUGGGGGAAAAUCAGCGACCUUGACCUUGAGUUGGAGGUCAAGCGUUGUUACCAGUCAUUACUUGAAGCACAGGAAACCAAUGACAACUGCGCUAGGACGCACGAGAACGUUGGAAGGGUGAUGGAAGGAAAAAUAGAUCAGGAGAAUUCCUUUCCCGGGAAAUGGUGCUUUUCGAAACCCAGAGAAAUUUAUACAGAUGGUGAGAAAAUGGAGGAGAAAUAUUUCACUAACUUUGAGAUACCUAAAUUUGAAAAACCUCUCGGUGUUUCUUCGCCAUAUCUAAAACCUACGUUUAUGAAAUCCAAGUUUUUAGUUCCUAAGACAGCUCCAUCUUACGAUGAAGUAGAAGUCCCAUCAUUCACCAAAAGAUCGCUACACAACGGAGACUUGGACAGCGAAACUUCUUACAUUCUUCCCUCAGUAAAACUGGAAGAAGAAAGAUCAAUCUUAAGUAGUAUCUCCACAAUUCCGGAAACCACACUAACAGAUGAAAUAUUCAGACACGGGGAGGACGUGAAUUUUGCCGACAUUGAGGGCAAGACGGGACUUCAUCAUGCCGCCAGGCGUGGACAGAUCCUAACAGUGCAGCAGCUGAUAAAAGACGGCGCCAUGGUAAAUGCGGUGGACGAAUCUGGGAAGUCGCCUCUCAUUUACGCGGUGGAAUACGGCUUCACCGCGGUGGCCAAAGAAUUAAUCGAACACGGGGCUUAUGUGAACCAGAAAGAUCAAGACAAAGAAACGGCACUGAAGCUCGCCACCUUAAGUGGAAAGAAAUACCUGGUGAGUGUCCUUUUAAAGCACCGUGCGUCAGUUUAUAUUCUUGAUAAAGACAUGAAAGCACCUCUUCACUAUGCAGUGGAGAAGAAUUUCCCGGAUAUUGUGGAGCUGUUGGUUGAAUUCGGGGCACCUGUCAAUCAAAGUGACGGACAGCAACGGAAGCCUUUGCAUUAUGCCGCAGAGAAAGGUUUUAUAUCCAUUGUAGAACUACUACUAAUGAAGGGCGCUUCCAUCGACAGUAUGGACCGAGACUUGCAAACUCCAUUAUUCCUUGCCGUAGAAAAGGGACUUGAAAUUAUGACAAACAUCCUAAUAUCGAAGGGGGCCAACGUGAAUGCCGCAAACCGGCGCCGCCAGACCCCGCUACAUAUUGCCGCAGGAAACGGAUUCAAUGGCAUAGCUCUCGAACUUAUGACAAACCGAGCCGGGGUAAAUAGUCAGGAUGACCUAGGACGGUCACCUGUGUUUUAUGCCGUACAAAAUCGAGACGUUAACAUGCUGAAUACGCUUAUACGACACGGUGUGCAGAUGGAUAGCUGUGAUUCGGCGGGAAAAAGUAUUUUGCGAUACGCCAUUGAAACCCAUAGUGAAGCCCUCAUUUACAUAGUGGCCAGAGCAGAAAUGGACCAGUGCACACUUAAGCGCCAUGUUUAUCAUCGUCAGCUUUUGACUGCCAUUGAAGAAAAGUGCGACUUCUUGGGGAAGACGGUAUGGAACUACGUCAUCGAUCAAUGUACACGUCACUGUGCUGACGAAGUGGAAAACCGGCAGACGACGGCCACGGUUAAUGUUCUUCUUGAAGCCACGUGUACAGCAUUCUCACGUGCAAACAAGCACAUGAUUCUAAGAGCAGAACCGCAUCUGAGAAAUGAUAAAGCUGAGAGCCCGUAUAUUGUGGCAUACGUGAUCACACUGCCGCCAAAAAGACCUCUGACAUUUAUGGGAUUGUCCAUUGUCUACAAAGUUUCGGAUUUUAGGGAAACCUCGCUUUCAAGUUCCUUCAGCAAGCCCAAAGUAAAGUGA